AUGGCUUCGACAGCUCCACCUCCCAGGCCUCGUUCUCCCUCUUCGCCGGCCGGAGAGAUGCGCCGCCGCCUCCGCCGCCGUCGCAGGCACCGCGCGGGGGCGGGACCGGCGUGGGCGUUCCGGGACGUCGCCGCGGCCGCCGCCUGCGGGUUUCCGCGACGCAGGGCCCACAGGAGCGGCGGCCGCCGCCGGAGGUGGACGAGGAUCCACUGGGAAAACGAGGACGAAGGGUGGAUCGGAGGCGGCGACGGCUCGAGGUCGGAGAGGGGCGGGAAGCAGGUGGGCGCGGAGGAGGAGCAGAGGAAUCUCUUGGGGGAGAAGUUCGCCGAUUUGCUCAACGAGUCCGCUGAUUCCCACUACCACGAAAGUGAGGGUUGUGGAUUUGAGCUGAACGGAUUGGCUCGAGUGGAGACAUGGCACGGUGAUGGUCCGCUGCAUUCACACCCUGAGGACGAAAUCGUGAGCUUAAUUGGAGGCGAAAAUUCAGUAAAUUUUAUUACGGUGGCUCAAGCAGUGCACUGGUUUGACCUCCCCAAUUUAUACUCCCUCGUGACUCGUCUGCCCCGGAAGCUGGGAGGCGUGAUUGCAGUGCGGUGCUACAAUGAUCUUGAAGUGAGCCCUACACAUGAUCCGAUCAUGAAAAACUUCCACGAAACUACACUGCCCUUUUGGGACCCCAGCAUAAAGUUCUUAAUUGAUUGUUAAAAGAAACUCCCUUUCCCAUUUGAGAGUGUGGGGUUGGGAUGCGAAGGCGAGCCAUUGCCACUUGAUAUACCGAAGGGGCACUCUUUCAGAGGGUUUUUGAGGAUUUCAAGGUCAUGGUCUGCAGUUACUACAGCUAAGGAACAAGGUGUUGAUUUGUUAUCCGAAGGCAUGGUGAAAGAGCUUUAGGACGCAUUGGGUGGUCUUGAUUUGGUCAGGUGCAUCGUGUACAAGGCUUUCAUGCUAGCCAGCACAGUGAAACUGUAA